CAUUGACUUUGACAGUCAGCAACAUAUUUUGCGACUAUGUCAUGCUUUCGGCGAAAUGUUUGAUUUCGAAAUGAUUUCAUAAUAAUUUAUCAUGCCAAUUAUAACUGAAAGGAAGUGUUUUCAAUUUUUCAAGGUCAUAAAAGGUUACGUUGGGUUCGGUAGUCAUGCUGGAGCUGCUUAUAAACGGCUGUAGAGAGGGCUGGCGACUCAUUUCGAUCCAACCGCCAAUGCUGGAAGAUAGUAACGGUACGCCAGUCGACGAGUUCGAUUGCAGCGACAUGGACGCCUGCUAUGAAACAUUCGAUAAAGAUGGAGACGGGAAACUAAACCUGGACGAGUUCCGCGUGAUCUGCAAAGCGCUAUUCCGCAACGACAAGGGCCACAUCUACCCGCUGUCGGAGGAGCGCGCGCGCCACAUCUUCCAGGUGUUCGACAAGAACGCAGACGGCUUCAUCGAUAAGGAAGAGUUCACUUUCUGCUGGAAUCAUUGGAUCAAAGUGAUCGUGCGUCCGGUAAGCGCUUUCCUGAUCGUGGACGUGCAAAACGACUUCAUCUCCGGCACGCUCAACAUCAGCAAAUGUGACGCGCAGCAAGAUGGUAGCGAGGUGGUUGAGCCGAUCAACCGGUUGCUGGACACGGUCCCGUUCGACGCGCUCUUCUACUCCCUGGACUGGCAUCCUCCCGACCACGUCUCCUUCAUCGACAACGUGCAUAUGAGGGAACUGCACCCCUCUAGCCCGGUGCCAGCCGACAAGGCUCAGGCAUACGACACGGUGGUGUUCGCGGGCCCGCCGCCCAUGAAGCAGCGCCUGUGGCCGCGACACUGCGUGCAGGACACCUGGGGCGCCGAACUGCACAAGGAUCUCAAGGUGCUGGAGGGCGCUGUAAAAAUUUACAAGGGCACGAACCCCGAGGUGGACUCGUACUCGGUGUUCUGGGACAACAAGAAGCUGACGGACACCAGCCUCAGCAACCAGCUGCGGCUGCGAGGAGCCACCGACAUCUACAUCUGUGGACUCGCUUAUGAUGUCUGUGUUGGAGCGACGAUUGCGGACGCGCUAGCUAUCGGUUACCGCGCCAUCCUCAUCGAGGACGCGUCCCGCGGCGUCGACCUCGCAGACAUCGAGAAGACCAAAGCUACCAUCGUCAACAACAACGGCGUCAUCGUUAACUCUGAUGAGGUGCUAGCCAUGGUGGAGGGUCGCGACAGGCGGCCGGAGCUCGGCUACAAGCUCGCGAUGGAGCUCAAGAACGCUAUGGAGGACAAGUGAGGGCCCACACACUACGUAACACGCACCGACUAGUUACAUACAGCUUAUCAUGCCUAUAACAUGUACGAACAGCGACAUCUGGUGAGCUUCUUGUUAUUCAGUAUACCUAGUAUGUAGUUCAGUUUGAAUUAUGAUGAAGUUAUGAAUUUAUUGUAGUCAAAAUGUUCCCUAUGUGGGGUAAGGUGUAGAAGUUAGAUAUGGUUAUUAGCCGAUAACUAUAUCUUAUUCUGGUAACUUGACAUGUUAAUAAAAUAUGCUGAAGUUAAAAAGCCUAUCUUGUCUCUCGAAUGUAAAUGUUUUAUUCUAAUAAUUAAUGUACAGUGUCACAAAGCUAGGUAUAGUAGCAUGGUAUAUCUUGACAAAAAUCUGAAUCAGAAUCCUAGUGUUAUUUAGCAUUCAUUGCAAAACUAAGUUCAUUGUUUAAGUUACUUUCAGAAUAUAUAACAAACAAAAAAACAAUAGAUCGCAUAGCAAAACGCUCACCGAUGUCACUAAAAGUACACAGACCUGUCAUUAAUAUCAGUAAUUUAUUUUUAUUUAUUGUAAUAGCAACAUCCAGUGAACUCCUAAUUUAGACUAGGAUUUUCUUUAGGAGCCUACCACAACGUUUUAAAGUAAAUAUUAUUAUAAUUGUGGAAGCGUGACAGCGCUAUACAUGACGUGUAGGCGUCUCUCUUUCACACGUAAUAAUAUUAAUUUAAGAUGGCGGUAUGGUCUCAGUCUUCUUCAUUAUUUCGUUCAGCUAGUGAUGUAGAAAUGUACUUAUAAUUAUGAAAGAAGCCAUUAUUUAUUAGAUAAAUAGUACUAGACAAUUAACUUACCUAAUAUAAUACUAAAUCUUAACUUCUAAACGAUCAAAUGUAAUAACCUAAUAAGUCAAUUGUUUAGUACUCCUAGUAUUUAUUAGGAUGGUACUUAAAGUACCUGUCGAUGUUGACGCGUAGUACAAAAUAAGUUAUGUAGACAUUUAGGAACUUAAUGUAACAUGAAGACACUAAUGUCAUACAUAUCCUUCUGAAUUGUUUCCUUGGGUUUGCUAACAUUAAAAAUAUGGUAGUAUUUGGUAGUAAAUAUGCCAGGGUCAGAUGAGAUAGUUUUUACUUUUUUAGUUAAGACUUUAAUUUAGCUUAUUUAUUAAUUUAGGAAUAACCUUUCCAGUGUUUCUCGUUGUAAUUUAUUUAUUUAUGAACAAAUUAUUAUUCAUAGUAAUUAUUUAUUUUGUGUUUAGUGAUCCUCAAAGGCGUAUUGAUUAUGCCUAAAUAGAUAGACUAACGUUAUUGUUAGAACUAACUAUUGCACUGAAAUAUUACAUUUAAACUAUUAAUGAUACUUGACAAAAAUAGUCCAUAAAGGAAACCAUUACAUUUAUUAUUUAUUAGAUCUAAUAAGCGAUUUAGAACUAACACUUACAAGAAAAAAUGGAGUUAGAAAAACAGUUUAAAAAAUAGCACUGAAUAUACCUACUGCUACCCAAAAGAUUAAACCGUAAUGGUUUUCAAACAUAAGAGUUAAACUCCAUUAAUAUUCAAAUUAAUACAAAAAAAAAAUAUGUUGGAAUAUUAGAAAUCUCAUUAUUUCAUGACAUUUUCAAUCAUUGUAUUCUUAAUUUUUAAUUUCUUUUAUAAACAAGCGAGAAAUUAAUGUUCGCGAUUAACCGUUUAAUCGUAUUAUCGAUUCUGAUUAAAUCCGAUUAUGAAUCGAUAAGUUUCAGAGGUUAAUCGAAUAAAUGUGUCGUAUGUUCUUAUUAUAAACAUACAUGUUUGUUGGAAAUUUCAAAAUAUUUUUGAAAACAAUCGAUUCUACUUAUUUACUUUUUUUGUUAUUUAGUACUUUGGUAAUUAGUGAUUUUAUUAUUAUUGACAUUUUUGUUUGUAGUAAUCGUGUACUUAAUUGUAAGAGAAGGCAUUAGUUUGUAAGAUUAAUUGCACCUACGAUAGAUAUAAAGUAGGGUGUGUUUGGGUAAAAUAAUUAUGUUUCAUGUAGUGGUGUCAUGGUUUAGGCAAAAUAUUAUGAAAAUCUAUUUUAAUUGGGAUAACAUAUUGUAAAAAAACGUGUUCCUUUUCUAGGAUUUUAUUAAGCGUAAUUAUUUAUUGACUUCAUUUAUAAUUAACAUGACAGAGAUAACAAUAUGUUCCUAACUCUUCUUUACGCACCUGUUAGACAUUCCUAUAGAUAAUAAUAAUAAACAAUAUAUUAUACGAUUGAUUGUACCAAAAUGACCAUACAUUCGAGCUUCGCACCGGCAGGGUAGACAAUUAAUACAAUAACACUAGUUCAUUAUUAAAAGUUAAGGUUAAUCUGAGCUAUUUUUGAGCAUAACACCAUGAUUCUUGAUAUAACCUUUCAACGUAAAACUCUUUACUGUCUUAAUUGUGCAAGCAAGACAGCGCAUUACAUCGUGUAGAGUGCCAUCUUGCUUUUACAAAUAAAAUCUUUCGCUAAGAUGUGGUAGUAGGCCCCUUCUCAAGUUCAAUGUGAAACAAUAGAAUAAAUUCUUAACUAAAGUAGAGUUGAAAAUACAGUUUGCAUUAGAAUCUGAAACUUGUCAAAAUUAUACGUGUUAUUAAAACUGAACAAAUUCAGGAAUUUCAGCGGAACAUAAUUAAAUCAUAAAAGACGAUGUAAGAUUGAACAAAAUAAAUAUUUAAAAAUAGUAAGGCGCAAACUUUUGGUUUUGAAAAUUUAUUCAUUUUAUCCUACUUGGUUUUCCUUAAUAUGCUCAGAAAUUGCUUCAGUAAUACCAUUGUAGACUAUUAGAAAGAUAUCAGUAUCUAUACAUUUGGUGCAAUCGUCCGUGAAUGUUCAAUCGGUCCAGAUUGUGUGCCGCCCUGGGAGUCGGAAUGAUCUGUCGAUUGAAUCGUAACUGUGCAGCGAUAUUCAUAAAUGUACCUUUUAUUUAUUAAAACUGACCUAUGACCUGAUGUUAAAGGGUUGUGAAAGCAGGGCGGAAUAUUACACUGUAAGAUUGUCUGGCUUCCACAAUGUCAUCAUUCUUGCUUUGAGAGCAAGUGGCUUUUAUUUUUCUAAUAUUGAUUUAAUAUUAAUAUAUAUAUGUAAUAUAAUAAAAAACAUGUAUUAUUUAAAUACUGUUUCAUAUAUUUGAAUGUUAUCAAAUUGAAGCGAUACUUAUUUUUAAUACAAAAGCGCCUACUUGAAACUUAUUUACUGCUUGCGACCGCGUUACCUGGCAAUAUGACAUACCUAAUGAUAAUGUAACGGACUCAUGUUAUCAGUAUUAUGCACUAACAAGUAAAACAAUGCAUUUAUAUCUCAGUAUUAAAGAGAACAUACGACUAAUACGUAAAUUUAAGAUAUAACUAAAAUAAUAUUGGUCAUUUACUAUCGAAGUGCUGGGCGAAGAUAAGGUCUCCUAGUAUUUUACACGAAGCUACUUGUAAUCAAACUUAGCAUUCUGAAUUGUUGUUCGAUUUAAAAUAACUGUUAUCAAAUCUAACCUCGUCUGUGAUUAUUUAUUAGUUAGCAAUAAUCUAACAAUCAAGGACAACCCUAGAUGAGGUUUACCAGACCAUACAGAAGAUCUACCAUCACCCCUCAAAUUAAGACUUGCAGUUGUAGAAGAGAGAUGGCGCUUUAUGAUAUGUAUAGCUCUGUCUCGCUCUCUCAACCGUAACAGUCAUACUCCUAAGUUAAACAGCCUUUCAGAAAACGCAGCUGUUUAUAGAAAUUAAAAUGUAUGUUGGUUUGGUAGGCGCUUCCUUAGUUCCUUAAGACCCGCAGGUUUUAUUACUUAAUAAAAAAAAAUCCCGACUUCCCCAUGGAAACGGGAGCUGAAAACUGUUGUCCACGUGAACAGAGUCGCGGGCAACAGCUAGUAUAGUAGUAUUUAUGAAAAUGUCAAGAGUCAGUCUUAAUAAAUAAAGGUGAAUAGGCAGAAUUGUUGGUUGCCUUACUAGAUGUGAUAGCUUACAUUGUUCCUCGUUUUAAAUUGUGCACAGAAUAUAAAUUAUUCGAAACAA